UUAUUCGAUAUCAGGAACUAUUUCACCCAUCAGACAUUAACCAGUUUUCUUCCUGUGUGUUUUAGUUACAGUGCACCGCUUUGUUUGAUUAGCACUUAAAAUCAAUUUUCAGUGUCAAGGACUUUAAUAAUAAUAAUAGUUAUAUUGAAACCACCGUCAGCCAAAGAUGAAACUUUCUUUUAUCUUCGAGCUGCUCUUGAUCUUCGUGUUGAUCGCUUUUGCGGCUUCCGCUGCAAUCGACAAGAAGCACGUGGGGAAAUUUAAAAAAGGAGUCGCUUUAAAGAAACAUGGACACCUUGGUAACAAAAGGCAAGAGUCUACUGCGAACAGGUAUUGCAGCUGUUCAACUGCCAUGUGCAACUGCUGCAGAGAGUUCAACAUCCCAGUGGUUGCUUUGAGAGGUCCUGGUUGUGCUAGUUUGCAAUACUUAUCUGGAGAUCGGCUUGCUAUUUCAAUGAGCUUUGGUGAGAGGGUGCUUACCAACACGACAGUUUCCAGUAAAAGGGCGGAUCCGAUCUGUAUGCCCUUGCCAGGAGGAGUAACGAAGUUCUGCGGGAGAGUUUACAACAUCGGCAGGAAAAAUGAAAACUUCAACGCGUGCCUCGGCUUGGAACUAAGAUCAUCUAACGAAAUUGAAGCUGCCAUGAGGGUUUCUUGCUUUAGGUUUGGCCCUGAAGGGCUGAAGCUUGAACCACCACAGCCCCUGCCAGUUGUAGAGGAAGAAGAAGAUGAUGAUGACGACGAAGAUGAUGAUGAUGACGAUGAUGAUGAUGAUGAUGAUGACGACGACGACGACGACGAUUUUGCAUUUGAUGACGAUGAGGAUGAUGAUGACGACGAAUACGAUGAUGAUGACGAUGAUGAUUCAGAAAAUGAUGUUGAUUCUGAAACCUUUAGCCUAUUGGAUAGCGACUUCAUUGGCGGAUACUUUGAAGGAUCCUCAUCAUCGUCUUCUUCAGGUAACAAGAAGCGGAAAGCCACUAGCACCACCACCACCACCCUAAGAACACCCUUAAGGCGCAAGAACGUUGCAAAACCCCCGAAACAACAACUGAUAAAACAAAACGUGAAACCCAUCAAGAAAGUUACAAAACCAGUGCGAAAAGUAACAACCACCACUACCAAGAAACCAACGCUACCAUCAACAAACGUCCAGAUGUCAGUCAACAACAUCACUCUACCAGAAAACCAAAAUAUCACCAUGUCACUUCAGAUCAACCCCGUUACUGUAAACACAUCUAAAACUUCUACGGAUUCCACUACUGUUUCAACCGAAAUGCCUCUAGAUACAACCAUGGUAACAACCACUGCCAAUGAAAUAACUACUAACACAACAGUUGAAGAGGAGGAAGAUGAUCCCUUAGCAGAAGCAGUUGAAGAUGUUAUAACAGACGAUAAGAGCGAGGAAGAAGACGCUAGUGACGAGGAUAGCGAUGAGUCCAGUGAAGCAACCACUGAAAAAGCUGCUGAUUCGACCAGUCAAAAAGAAGAGGACGAAGGGGAUGUUUUUGAUGACAUUGCCGAUGGCGUAGCUGAAACCAUGGGGGUGGAUGACGAUGAUGAUGAUGAUGACGACGACUCAGAAGAAAGCAGGAAGAGUAGUUGAUUUUUAGAAGUUAGUUGAUUACCAAUGAAUACCAAAAAAAGAGAAACUUUGAAUGCCAUGGAUUAUUUAUUUAUUUAUUUAUUUAUUCGAAGAAGUGACUGUUUAUUUAUUGCUUAAUUUAUUUGUCAUAUAGUAAUAUAAAAAUGUUUUGUUAAU